AUGAGCAACGGCUCAGUAGGGGCUCCUGGUGCAGCUCCUGCCGGCUUCCUGCCGGCUCCCGGCAUGGUCAGGAUCGCGGAUCUCGAACGCCACCGCGACGAGCUGAUUCACGAGAGGAAGAGGCUCAAUGAGCUGCUGCAGCGGACCGAAUCGCUGAUCGCGGCAGCGAUGCACGGCGUCAUCGGUCACGACCAGCCUUUCACUGCACAGCAUCACCCCGCUGUGGCGUAUACACACGGCGAGAGGCCAAGCCAGCCUUCGCAGCCGGGCACGCCGUCCGAUGGCGAUCGCAGCAGGGCCGUGAGGAUGAAAGACGAAGCCAACGACGUCGCGACACCGAGCGGACCGGCGGCGCAGUCGAGCAGCGCAUCAACCUCGAGCGAGAAGGACGAGCUUGAAUCGCUCCGGGCGUCGAACUCACCCGGCGCAUCGUCCACGCCUGCCCGUCCGGCAGCCUCAUCGCGAAGGAACAGCUUCGAGCAGAGGAUGGCGUCGCUCCCCGUCCUUCCCGCCGUCCCUCUGAAGCGGGCCUCGGACAGUCAGCUCGACCGGGCCGGGGACGGUGCCGCGAUGGCGACACGCCCAUCCCUGACCACCCGAAAGAGCCAGACAUGGAGCAUCGAGGAGAAUCAGGCGCAAGCGCAGUCGCAGCGCCUGAAGCGGUCGCGGCGCGACGACGAAGACGGCGAUGACAAGUUCAACUGGGAGAAUCUGUACGGCAAGGCACGGUUGGAGAAGGCGGGCGACUGGCGAGGCUUCGCGCGCCCCGCAGAGAGGGAGAAGGCGUCGGGCAGCAGCAGCAAGCUGCUCAAGCAAGUCACCCGGCGCGAGAGCGAGCAGGCGGUCCAGAACGGCCUGCAGAGUGCGCAGCCCUCUCCGGCAAGCGCGCAUUGA